AUGGAAUGGACCAUUCAACACCACAACCCACCACCGUUACUACCACACACACCACCACCACCACCGUCAUCCGCCGCCGUCACCCACCUCCGCCGCCACCCGCCACCGCCGCUGCCACCACCUAGCGCCGCCACCCACCUCCGUCCUCGGCACCGCCAUCGCCGCCACCCACCGUCGCCACUACUACCUCCGAUCAUCGCCACCACCUACCUUCGAUCAUCACCUCCACCAUUGCCACUGCCAACUCCGAUCACCGCCGCCACCGCUAUCAACCGCCACCACCGCUACCACCUACCUCCACCGUCAUCCACCACCACCGUUGUCUCCACCCACCACCACCGCCAACCACCGCCGCCGCUACAACUGACACCUAGCACCACGCCCCAUCAUUGCCCAUCAAUGACCACCGCCAUCUAA